ACAACAUCUCCUCGAUCUUAUCCUUAUCUUCUUCCUUGUUCUAUUUCGCUUCUAAUUUCUCUCUAAAGUCGUCCUACAUCUUCUUGUUUAAGUUCUUGAGAUCUUUGUCUGAUAAUUCUAGAGUUAAUACUAAUUGACCAACGAUAAAUGUCAAUGGACAAAGUCAUGAAAUGAGAAAUCUCAACCAAUUCUCUCGUUUCCUCGUUUAUCAUUCCGUAUCUGUCGUGAUUCUUCACUGGUUUUACGUAUUUUCUUGAACACUUUUCUCUAUUUCUUGUUUUUUUUUCUCUCGCAAAGUAUUAGGACAAAACAUGGCAAACGCUGAGAAGACAAGUUCAGGUUCCGACAUAGACGAGAAGAAGAGGAAACGCAAGUUGUCAAACCGCGAAUCUGCUAGGAGAUCACGUCUCAAGAAACAGAAGAUGAUGGAAGACACGAUCCACGAGAUCUCGACUCUUGAGAGACGAAUCAAAGAGUACAGCGAGAGAUGCAAAGUGGCGAGACGGAGGCUUGACUCGCUAGAGUCGGAAAACGCGGGUUUGAGAUCGGAGAAGACGUGGCUUUCAAGCUACGUUAGAGAUUUAGAGAAUAUGAUGGCCACGACUUCCUUAACGCUGACGCAGAGUGGCGGCGAUGAACAGGAGGCAAACGCGGAUGGAGAUUGUAGGCGUAGACCAUGGCAGCAGUAUGGUUCUGAUUCUCUGCAACCAGUUGCGUCCUUCAAGACAUGAGCUUCGCGUGUUUAGUUUGUGCUUUUUGUGACCAUUUUAUGAUUUGUAUCUUUCAUAUUGAACAAUAUUCUCCUCUUCGUGGAGAUACAAUUGUUUUUACUUUA